AUGCUUAAAGAAGUCAACUUUCCAGUUCUCAAGAAUGAUAUAAUUCUACGUGUUUGCAAAGGUUUACCCGUUCCUCAUGCCCCAGUGUGGAUUAUGCGUCAGGCGGGACGUUAUCUUCCAGAAUUUCGUGAAGUUCGUAAACAGCACACUUUCUUUGAGAUAUGUCGAACUCCCGAAUUGGCUUGCGAGAUCACUCUCCAGCCAAUUAAGCGUUUCAAUCUUGAUGCCGCUAUCAUAUUUUCUGACAUUUUAGUCGUUCCCCAGGCUUUAGGAAUGGAAGUUACGAUGGAACCGGGGAUCGGACCUCAUUUCCCGAAUCCUUUGAACACUACAGCAGAUCUUUCCCUUCUCGAUCAGUUUCCUGACGUUUCUAAAAGUCUGGAUUAUGUCUAUAAGGCUAUUACACUAACUCGACGUCAACUAGAAGGACAAGUACCUCUUAUUGGCUUUGCCGGUGCUCCUUGGACGCUUAUGACUUACAUGAUCGAAGGUGGAGGAUCAAAGACAUUUUCAAAGGCUAAAAAGUGGCUGUACGCGUAUCCCGAAGGUAGCCAUAAGCUUUUGGAUCUUCUGACAAGGGUUGUAGUUCAACACCUUGUCAACCAGGUGUUAGCUGGCGCCCAACUACUGCAGGUGUUUGAGUCCAACGCGGGGUCACUGUCCCCAUAUCUCUUCAAGACUUUUGCCCUUCCCUAUCUCCAGCGAAUAUACAAUGAAGUUCGUGAAUGUCUGCUGGUGAAAUAUGACUACACGCAGGGGGAUCUCCCGCCGAUAAUUAUGUUCGCCAAGGAUGGUCACUACGCUCUGGCGGAUCUGGCUUCAGUAGGAUUUGAAGUCCUCGGCUUGGACUGGACUAUGGAUCCAGAAGUGGCCAGGAGACUUGUCGGUGUCGAUGUGACUCUUCAGGUAAAAUCAGUUUCAAGAACUCUGAACUUACCUCUCUAA